CUCCACCAUGCAGAAUACUGGGGAUGGCAGCCAAGCCCAGCUUCUAUCAACAUGGAGACAUCAACAUUGGCGGGGUCUUCGCCCUCAGCAGUGAAACCAAAAAAAUGAGCAUGCAAUUCACUAGGACACCAGAGCCAAGGAAAUGUGUACGAGUUAAUUUCAGAGGAUUCCGAGAGGCCCAGACCAUGAUAUUUACCAUUGAAGAAAUAAACAACAGAACUGACCUCCUGCCCGGUGUAUCUCUUGGAUAUAAGAUAUACGAUUCCUGCAUCUCUACAAUAUUCUCUAUAAGAGCGGCCAUGGCUUUGCUGAACGGUUAUGAGGAAACACUGUCUGACACAUCAUGUUCCACACCACCAGCAAUACAGGCCAUUAUCGGGGAAACCACUUCAACUAAUUCCAUUGCAAUUGCAUCAACCGUUGGAUUAUUUCAAAUUCCAGUGACAUGGCUGGAUGUAAUCAGACACCCCAACAUAACAGCCGAAGAAGUUCGCAAACAAGGACUAAUGCAGCGACCACUUGAAGCCACCAACUACAAAGGCAACCCUCUUAAGCCUGGAGCUGUACCGGUUUUGUCAUCGUUGGUCCAACUGCUGGAGAUCAGUCACUUUGCAACAUGUGCAUGUCUGAGCAAUAGAAAAGUAUUCCCCACAUUCUUCAGAACCAUUCCCAGUGACUAUUACCAGAGCAGAGCACUGGCUCAGCUGGUGAAGCACUUUGGCUGGAUCUGGAUAGGAACAGUGAGAAGUGAUGAUGCUUACGGCAAUAACGGAAUGGCCACAUUUACAAAAGCUGCUGAAGAGUAUGGCAUCUGCAUUGAGUAUUCUGAGAAAAUUCACAUAGCAGAACAAGAGAAAUUACAUAAGGUUAUAGAUGUUAUCAAAAGAGGUACUGCAAAGGUAAUUGUAGCAUUUUUUUCUCAUGUUGAGAUGAAGAUUUUACUAGAACAGCUGACCCUUCAGAAUAUUACUGGUCUCCAGAUGGUUGGCAGUGAAGGCUGGAUAACAGCAAGCAGUCUAGUGACACCUACGAGCUUCAGAAUACUGGGAGGAUCUAUUGGCUUUGCGGUUACCCAAGGCAAAAUAAAUGGCCUCAGAGAAUUUCUAGUAAAACUUCACCCCUCACAACAGCCAGGAAACCUUGCUGUUGUAGAAUUUUGGGAAACUCUGUUUCAGUGCUCCCUUAUGAAUGAAAACAAUCUACCAGACAUCAACCUCUGCACUGGAUCGGAGAGCUUGAUUGAACAGGAAAAUGAGUACACUGAUGUAUCAGAGCAGAGAAUCCCCAACAAUGUUUAUAAAGCAGUAUACGCUGUUGCUCAUUCUCUACAUGACCUGUUGGCAUGCACACCCCAUCAAGGCUGUACAAACAGCGUGAAAACAGAACCCUGGCAGCUUCUUAGGGCUCUGAAAAAUGUAAAUUUCACUUUGGAAACUGGAGAGCAAGUCUCUUUUGACAGUAAUGGAGACCCUGUAGCCAGAUAUGACGUGCUGAACUGGCAGCUUGGUCCUGAUGGUGCAGUAGAAUUCAAAAUGGUCGGCUACUAUGAUGCUGCUUUACCAUCUGGGCAGCAGUUUGUGAUGAGUCCUGUUAGUAUGGUUUGGGCAGGUGGGCAAAAAGAGAAACCCAGGUCAGUGUGCAGUGAGAGCUGUCCUCCAGGCACCCGGAAGGUCAUGCAGAGAGGAAGGCCUGUCUGCUGCUAUGAUUGUGUGCCCUGUGCUGAGGGAGAAAUCAGCAAUGCCACAGAUUCUAAUGACUGUAUUCAGUGUAUGGAAGAAUACUGGCCUAAUGCUAAAAGAAAUGAAUGUGUUUUAAAGGCUGUCGAAUUUCUGUCCUUUGAAGAAAUUAUGGGAAUAAUGUUUGUUGUUUUUUCCAUAUUUGGAGUGUGUUUUACUGCAUUUGUGGCUGUGCUGUUCUUUAUAAAGAAGGACACACCCAUUGUGAAAGCCAAUAACUCAGAGCUGAGCUUCCUGCUGCUCUUUUCAUUGAAACUGUGUUUCCUUUGCUCUCUUACCUUCAUCGGCCGGCCCUCUGAGUGGUCCUGUAUGCUGCGCCACACUGCGUUUGGGAUCACCUUUGUCCUCUGCAUCUCUUGUGUUCUGGGAAAAACAAUAGUGGUGUUAAUGGCCUUCAGGGCUACACUUCCAGGCAGUAAUAUCAUGAAGUGGUUUGGGCCUCCCCAGCAGAGACUGAGUGUUCUUGCUUUCACUCUCAUACAGGUCCUUAUUUGUGUGCUUUGGUUAACAAUAUCCCCUCCUCUCCCCAACAAGAACACGAAACACUACAAAGAAAAGAUCAUUCUAGAAUGUGAAAUAGGAUCAGCAGUGGGGUUCUGGGCUGUACUGGGUUAUAUUGGACUCCUCUCUGUAUUGUGCUUUGUUUUAGCUUUUCUAGCUCGUAAAUUGCCUGACAAGUUCAAUGAAGCCAAAUUCAUCACAUUCAGCAUGCUAAUAUUCUGUGCAGUCUGGAUCACCUUUAUACCAGCUUAUGUCAGCUCACCUGGAAAGUUCACUGUAGCUGUUGAGAUCUUUGCAAUUUUAGCAUCUAGUUUUGGCUUGCUAUUCUGUAUCUUUCUUCCAAAAUGUUACAUAAUGUUAUUCAGACCUGAGCAAAAUACAAGAAAGCAUAUAAUGGGUAAAACAGAUGUGAAAUCUCAGUGAUUGCCCGCACUAUUUUAUACCCAAGAGAACUGUAUAGGGUACUGGAUGAUAGAGUCAUGCAAUGUCUUAACUUACAUGAUAUUUAAUUGAAAUAAAUGUUCCUGAAUCCAUUUUCACUAAAGGAACUUCACCAUACCUGUGGCUUAGUUGGCUCACUUAUUUUCAACAUUACAACUUCAUUCAAUUGUGGAAAAAAUACAAUUAAUUUAGCACAUAAUCUGCAGUGAUAUGAGACGCUCUUGCACCGAAUACUGAUACAAUUAAAAUGUUUAAGGAAUAUACUAUGACAAUCUGUUGAUUCUCAUAAGCUGCUUUAAUUCACAGCAUUAUAAAAUGUUUCAGAACUUCAGUGUUUAUGGGUCUCAUGUGAAUGAGAGCCACUGUUAGCAUUCCAGAAACGUUGCUCUGGAAACUUGCUGGCUAAAAAUGUAAAAGCAUUUACACAAGUGUUCCGUUUUAAUUUGUUCCGUGUGAACAUGACGGAGUGAAAUUAUGGCAAGGCAGAAAAGCAAUGCUGCCAUAAUUAUACGCCUGCCACAUGCCUGCAUGACACCCCUGGGAGGGAGA